AAAGCGCCCUAUUUAUGAAGAUAUCGGCAUUGACGUUAUGAUGUGAUAUCUGAAACACUCACUAUCCUAAAUAGAGAUGGACUUAAACGAGACACAACCAACGGUGGUUGUUUCAUCACCGUCAGGAAGAAUAUCACUCCGGCCGAUGACUCUUUCAGACGUCGACGACUACAUGGUAUGGGCUACAGACGCUGAAGUCGCACGCUUUUGCUCUUGGGAGCCAUGCACGAGCCGAGAAGAAGCCAUCAAAUAUAUAACAGAUUCGGUCUUGACACACCCUUGGCUCCGAGCCAUCUGUUUAGAGGACGACCGUCCCAUCGGCUACAUCUUGAUCAUGCCGGUCGAUAAGAUCAGGAAAGAGAUCGGUUACGUGCUAGCGAGAAAGUAUUGGGGGAACGGGUUCGCCACGGAGGCGGUGAGGCUAGUGACGGCGGAGGUAUUCAAAGAAAUGCCGGAGGUUGAGAGGGUUGAGGCACUAGUUGACGUGGAAAAUGUCGGUUCUCAAAGGGUUCUUGAAAAAGUUGGGUUUACUAGAGAAGGUGUGAUGAGGAAGUUUAUAGUUAUGAAAGGAAGUGUAAGAGAUAUGGUCAUGUUUAGUUUCUUGCCUUCUGAUCCUUUCAGGUAUUAA